UUCAGAUCCGGGCCCCAAAGGCAGGCCCAGAGGCGAGCGCUUCGCUGACGUCAAUGCGCGCGCCGGAAGUGCCUACCUGGAAUAACGGCGGCGAGCGGACGACUACAUUUACGGGGUGUCCCGGAGGGCCAGAGUGGUGGCUUACAGAAGAGACGAAAUGUGGUCUGAGGGACGAUAUGAAUAUAAUAGAAUUCCGAGAGAACGAGCACCUCCUCGAAGUCAUCCCAGUGAUGGCUACAAUAGACUAGUUAAUAUUGUGCCAAAGAAACCACCACUGCUAGACAGACCUGGUGAAGGAAGCUACAAUAGAUAUUACAGUCAUGUUGAUUACCGAGACUAUGACGAGGGCCGCAGUUUUUCUCAUGAUCGAAGAAGUGGUCCACCUCACAGAGGAGAUGAAUCUGGCUAUAGAUGGACAAGAGAUGAUCAUUCUGCAAGCAGGCAACCUGAAUACAGGGAAAUGAGAGAUGGCUUUAGAAGAAAAAGUUUCUACUCUUCCCAUUAUGCGAGAGAGCGGUCUCCUCAUAAAAGGGACAAUACUUUUUUCAGAGAAUCACCUGUUGGCCGAAAGGAUUCUCCACACAGCAGAUCUGGUUCCAGUGUCAGUAGCAGAAGCUACUCUCCAGAAAGGAGCAAAUCAUACUCUUUCCAUCAGUCUCAACAUAGAAAGUCCGUGCGUCCUGGUGCCUCCUACAAACGGCAGAAUGAAGGAAAUCCUGAAAGAGAUAAAGAGAGGCCUGUCCAGUCUUUGAAAACAUCAAGAGAUACUUCACCCUCAAGUGGUUCAGCAGUUUCUUCAUCAAAGGUGUUAGACAAACCCAGUAGGCUAACUGAAAAGGAGCUUGCUGAGGCUGCAAGCAAGUGGGCUGCUGAAAAGCUAGAGAAAUCAGAUGAAAGUAACUUGCCUGAAAUUUCUGAGUAUGAGGCGGGAUCCACAGCACCAUUGUUUACUGAGCAGCCAGAGGAACCUGAGUCAAACACAACACAUGGGAUAGAAUUAUUUGAAGACAGUCAGCUAACCACUCGCUCUAAAGCAAUAGCAUCAAAAACCAAAGAGAUCGAACAGGUUUACCGACAAGACUGUGAAACUUUCGGGAUGGUGGUGAAAAUGCUGAUUGAAAAAGAUCCUUCAUUAGAAAAGUCUAUACAGUUUGCAUUGAGGCAGAAUUUACAUGAAAUAGAGUCUGCGGGACAGACUUGGCAGCAGGUGCCCCCUGUGAGGAACGCUGCAAUGGAUCAUGACGGAACCCCCGAAAACGAAGGUGAAGAGACUGCGCAGUCAGCCCUCUUUGGAUUCCAGCACGAUGCAUCAAACCAUACCAUAGUGGGGCUAGGACCCAACCUGGUACCAGAAAUGAAGGAAACGACCCCGCAGGCCCCACAGCCCCUGCAGCCCCCGCAGCCCCCGCAGCCCCCACAGGCCCGGAAGAAACGGGUUCGUCGGAUGACACAGCUUCGUCGGACGACAGGAGCCCCGGACAUUACCUGGGGGAUGCUGAAGAAGACAACUCAGGAGGCUGAGCGAAUCCUGCUCCGAACACAGACACCAUUCACUCCGGAAAAUUUGUUCCUUGCUAUGCUCUCUGUUGUACAUUGCAACUCGCGUAAGGAUGUAAAGCCGGAAAACAAGCAGUAACUGCUAUGCCUGACAAAACUGUUGCUGCACACAUCUGUAGUCGUCAAUCAACAAAACCUGAUGCAAAAAACAGAAAAGGGGUGAUGUAGGAGAUCGGUCGGGGUGGUAGGAGACGCUAUAAGGAAAGAUGCAAUUGGAAGGCAGGGAGGUUUUCCAAAACUUCCGGAGAGAAUAAAGCUGAAGGCAGCUAAUUCUCGUACCCUGAGGCUGAAGGCGAACAGUAGGUAACAAGGGUAUGUAAAGGGAUUUAUCUAGAUAAGUUUGUUUACUUAUGUCCUCCAGAAACCAUGCGAGACUGCUCCCUGCAAAGGGGAGGCGACAGCGUUCAUUACUCACAAAUUGUAUUGGCUUCAGGCCUUUGGUAUUGUGUCUGUACUGAAUAAAUACAAACGGCUCUAGCUUAUCAGGACUGCACUCUCUUUUUGGCUGCACUAUAGUCGGCAGUCCCCUAGCCAUUCUCACACAGAAUACCUGUGUCAGAAUACUCAUUUCAUCCAUCGCUCAGCCAGCGUCUUCAGGACAGACUUGGCAUGGGACUUGUCCAAAAAAAUUCUGAUCAAAAGAGGAAGAUUUUGGAAUAUGCCAGGAAUAGUGGAAUUUUAUUUAUUCUAUUUUUUAUAGGCCCAUACUCUCCAACUCCAGAAACAAGAUGAUUGUAACAUGUCCAUGAUUAAACUAUUGGCAGAUUAUUGCUGUGUUAAUCUCUGUAGUCCAAUGAGUUCUUUGUUCUGUUCUGCUGCCUUUUACAGGUUCUUGUCCUUUCAAAAGUGUUCUUGAAAGAAACAAAGCGAAUAGGCAGUUAGCACAGCACAGCUACCCCUUACUAAGCAGUCUGUGGAAAUGACCCCUCAUCCAAAUCACGGGUUAGUUAAGAAUCUAACUGGGACAAUUAAGAUAUUCCACUCACUUCCUGGUCACUUCAGCAGCCUAGUGGCAUUGAGCCAAAAUAUACAAUUCUGUGUUAUUAGUGAGGAAACUUUAAAACUCAUGUUUGUUAUUACUUACUACCCAAUUUCAUUAUCCUCCCUUCCUCUUUCCAUUUCUAUUCUCUCUCACUUGAAUUCUGGCAUUAUUUUUAGUGGCCUCUACUGAUAAUACCUACCCUAGAGUACAUAAAAAUUAUAUUAAAAGAGGAAGUAGUAGUAUGCAUAAUUUUAACAGAUUCUAUAACGGGUGCCUCAAAAUAUGUAUUGUGCCAUUCCGCAAAUUUAAAAACUAAUUGAGGACACUAAUUAUUUUUUUAAAUUUCUAAAUGAGACCACCUUGGAUUUUUAUUUUUGCCAUUAAGAUGUUUAUACUUAUUUAACUUUAAUAAAACAUAAGCCAAGCUAAAUCCCAAAUGUCAACUCUGGUAUUCUUCCCUUACAUGAGCAGUGAUUUUAUUUGUUACCCACCUUAGAUAGACUAAGAAAGUUCUAGUCUUGUUUUUCCUUCUCCCUGCUUCCCUGGGGUUUUUCCUUACAAGUUUAAAAACAAAACUUGAGAAACUACCAAAGGCGCAGGAGUUGUUCACUUUGUUGAAAUUCAUUAAAUUAGAGAAGUCUCACUAACAGAUGUAUUUAAAUAUAGAUACAACAGAUAAUUUCUUUUUCUCCCCUUUCCCCAAAUUACAGUCAGCAUUUAAAGCUGUUUAUGGCUUGCCAUCAGCAUUAUUCUGGUAGGCUUGUUAGUGCUAAAAUCUGUUUGGGUUUUUUUUUUUUUUUGCCUCUUAAAGUCUAAUUUUAGGAUGGAUGAAUUCAGAUGUUUACCAGAGUAUAUAUUUUACACAGUGUUCUUGAUUAAAAAGACUUGUUUGUAAAUUAUUCAUUUUUUUUGCAUAUGCCCAGUUGGUGUGAUAAAAUUUUCAUUGUCUUACCAUAAAGCCUUGGUUACCAACAGGCAGAAUGUAGAUAUUGUAAAGCUUUUUGUGAAUUUUAAAAGUGCAAAAUAAAGCAACCACGUUUAA